UCGAGUCGUCGCCGUGGAGAAGAUAGGGCGAGUUGUUACUUGGUUUAUUGCUUUAUUUGGGCGUAUAAUAAUUUUAAACAUAUUUUUACAUCUUUCAGCGAAGAAUUUAUCAUUAAUAUUGUUCUAAAUAAUUUAACAAAUUGUGUUGUUACCAGUGCAAAGUGGUUUUCAUUCAUAGAACUUAUUUGUAGGCAAUGCAGUGGGUACCACCGUCGAAGUUUUAAUAAAUUGUGAUAUUAAUUCGUUACAAUGGGAAAAUUGUUGAGUCUUUUGUCCCGUGACGACUCCAACUGUUGUUCGUCGCCGCGCUACGAUAUUUUUCUGGAUUUCGAGAACGCCGCUCCUACGGAUACAGAGCGCGAUGUUUACGAGGAGGUACAGCGGGUUCUGCUGGACUCUGAGCGGAUAUUAGAAGAGAUACAGUGUUACAAAGGAGCUGGGAAAGAGAUACGGGAAGCUAUAGCAGACCCUUCGCGAAUAUCGCAGGAACGAGCGUGGCGCGCCGUGAAACCACUGGUGGAUAAGCUGCUUAGAUGCUACAACCACUCGCUGGAACUACAACGUGUGGUGCCACGGUUGCUCGGAUCGCUCGUAGGAGGGGCGAUGAGUCCGACUCAACACUUGGAGCAGCAGCAGGCGCUCGUCAAGCAGUUCGCUGAGAUCCUGGAGUUCGUGCUCAAGUUUGACGAACACAAAAUGAAGACGCCAGCCAUCCAGAACGACUUCAGCUACUACAGACGAAGCGUGUCCCGCGGGGGACUGAUCAACGCCGACCUCCCACCAGGAGACGAGCCUCACAUAAGCGCUGACGUAGCCAACAGAAUGUCGCUCUUCUACGCACAAGCCACGCCGAUGCUGAAGGUGCUUUCAGAAGCCACGAGCCAGUUCGUCAAUGAUAAUCAGCAAGACCUGGAGAAUACUACGGAAACGCUGAGCACGAUGGCCAAAGUCUGCUUGAGGAUGCUGGAGAACCCGUAAGUUUCUUAAUUAUUUU